UAAGUUUAGUGAGUAAAUUAAUUAUAUUAAGACCAUCACUGUACAUUUUCAAAAUAAUGUAGGGUUUGAUAAUAUUUCUCGCUUAUAAUAAUUUCCCGCGCGAGUCAGAGUUUAUACUCUUCAAUUUUAGCGCCAUUUUACCCUACUUCAACUCUUUUUAUAUCCUAAUUAAGAAUGAAUUCAUUAUUGGAGGCGAAAAAUUAAAAUAAUAAGAAAGAAAUCGUCCUUUGGCCGUCACUUCUGUGCAACCAGAUAUGUCUGGAAACAAUGAGAAUGAGGUGGACAAUGACCAGAAAUUGAACUAUGAAUGUGAUCCAAUUGCUAGCCAAUAUGAUGAUGAAGAGAAACACUGUUGCGGCUUUGGUAUUAGUGAUGGUGAUGGUAGUGAUGACGAAGACGGUUGGAGAACUGUUUCAGGUGAUGGCGAAGACGGUUGGAGAACUGUUUCAGGUGAUGGCGAAGACGGUUGGAAAACUGUUUCAGAGGAUUCUGAGACGGGAAGCGUCAAUAAUUGUCAUAUUGAUUUUGAAGAAAGACAAUCUUACAUGGCUCUUGCAAUGCUAAGCUGUGUUGAAGAUAUUUUACCUCUGGAUGGUCUUCCUAUUCAACUUCUACGCAAACAUAUGGUAAGCGAUGGAGGAAGUGAGCCUAGGCAUAAAAAGAGUGAACUAAGUGUCGGUGCUCUUCAAGCCGAGUGUUUAAACAUUUACGAUGAUGAGAAAGUAAGAGCUAAAAAAGUGUUGAAAAAUUUUGAUGGUCAAAUUACCCUUUCAAUUGAUGUUUUGAGAUGUCCAGCAGCUGGUGAGUAUUUGUGUUUAACUGCACAUUUCAUUGCUGUUGAUUGGUGUUUGAGAAAUUGGGUCAUCUGUUUUAAGCCUGUUAACAAGACGUUUGAUGAUGAUUUCUUGUAUGGAACUGUUAUGAAGUGUAUUACUGACUGGGACAUUGGCGAUAAAGUAUCAGGUGUUAUUGUGGAUAACUUUUGGUUUGAUGGUGAAUGUGUUGGUGAAGUCAAAGAUUUAGUGCAAAAAAAGAGGAAACUCCCAUUUCGCCUUGGGAUGUUUCGAUUGAAUUGUUGUGCUGAUCUCUUUAAGUUAAUGGUGCAGGAUGCAUUCAAGGGGAUAUCUGAAAUUAUGCAUAGGGUUGAUGAAUAUAUGAAUUUCGGAAAACCAAUAAAUAUGUGGAACACUGUGUUUACUAAUCUGAAGGAGGCUUUAGAGUAUGAGGCUAAGGGAGAAUGGAACAAAGACGAGUAUGAGAAUUAUGAAAAACUUAAUUCUGAUGAGUGGAAAAAGGUUGAAGAAAUUUGCAAGCUAUUGCAGAGCUUGUAUAAUGCUGCAAAAUCCAUCUUUGAAGCAAAACAACCUACUGCGCAUAUCUGUCUUCGUAAUCUUCAAGAGGUUCACGCUAGCUUAGCUCAGGCAUCAGCUGAUUCGGACAAUUUCAUUAGCCCUAUAGCUAGGAAAAUGCUCGAGAGGCUCGAUAAGUAUUUGAAGAACAUGUUCUUGGUUUUAGCAACUGCUAUAGUUAUGGAUCCUCGAUGCAAGAUGAAGUACUUAGAAUUCUCUUUUGCCAGGAAUGGUGCAAAUGACGGCACCUCUGAUUCGACGACUGUCCUAACCACCAUUCAAACUCUUUAUGAUGAUUACUUGACUAAUUCACUUCAAAUACACAAACGCAAGGCUGAUUCCAUUUCACGCGACUCUGAUAAUGACCCUGACGAUGAUUCUGAUUGGCUACAGAAAUACAAGCAGUUUGCUGAAGCUGAUAAUAGACCAAUAAAGUCAGAGCUGGAUUUAUACUUGGAAGAGGGUGUGUUACCUUGGAGCCAGGAUUUUGAUAUAUUGGGUUGGUGGAGAGGUGAAAGCCCAAAAUAUCCUGUUCUGUCGAGGUUGGCACGCGACAUAUUGGGGGCACCUGUUUCCGUUGUGACUUCACAAGACGCGUAUUUCACAGUCGAGAGAGAAAUCGGUGGGCGUUUGGCUUCUUUAGAAUCAGAUGUGAUGAAUGCUGUGAUGUGUUCUCGUAGCUGGUGUCCUCCUGAUAUCAAGUCCAAGAUUUGUUCUAUGAUUGGAGAUAUGGAUGCUCUGGUGGACACAGAAUGUGUAGCAAAUGCACUUUUUGGUUACUGAAUAACAAGACAUUUUAUAUGAACAACACAAGCCAUGGGAACUUCUGACAUUAACAUUUCAACUGUUAUAAUAGAAAGUGGGCGUAUCUCUUAGCUGAAGCUGAAAAUGGCAUUUUCAGGUUUAUUUUUGAUUUGAUAUUGAUAGUUUUUGUUAAUAUUAAUGCUGUCAGUGCGAAUUCUAGCUUCUUUUUUGGACUUAAAUCUAUGUUAUGUUGAUAUUAUUAUCUAGAAACUAAAAGUAAUUAUUGUUUGGAAAAAUCUUUUCUAAUUA